CUGCGUACCAGUGCAGUGAUGUAAUCGUGGCGAAAGCAAGAUGGCGACCCACUUAGCUGACCUGGAUUUUCCUCCCUAUGUCAUAAAAUGCGUCGACGAAACACACUUUCUGGUUGCCGGAGGAGGUGGUCAAGCACGAACGGGUGUUCCCAAUGCAAUAGAAAUAUUGGAGGUGCAGCGAAAGGGUCACCGUUUGUUAACCGAGAGCAAGUUGAGAUAUGAUACAGACAAUGGGGAAGACAGAAGUGCCAUCAUGAAUGCUGCUUUACGGUUUGAUGGCAAGGAGUACCUUCUAGCAACGGGAAAAGAAGAAAACUGUCAAUUCUAUAAAUUUGUCAAAGCUACAAAAGUGUUGGAAGAAGAUGGGGAAGACGUAGGGGUUUCUCAAACAAGCCAUAAAAACGAUAAAGGAAACGAUGCAGGAACAAGAAAACGAAAGAAGGGAAAGGAUUCCAAACAACCCACCAACGCAAACAACUCCAAGCCAAGUACUAAGCCCCAAGAGACAGAGGAAGACUCUAAACCAUCGGACAAUAAUUCCAAAGAGCCCACCCUUGUGACAACGUUUGAGGUUGAGAGGUUAGAGUCGGUCCAGACGGACUUCACAGAGGGUGAGAAGUACCAGAAGACAGUCUGCUUCUCUCCAAAUGGACUUUUUUUCACAGCGGCUGGAGCCGAUGGGCACAUACGAAUGUGGUCUUAUCCUUCUUGUGAGCAGCAGUACGAGAUCAAGGCUCACUCCAAAGAGGUUGAUGACAUCAUCAUUAAUCCCCUAGGAAACAGGCUGGUAUCUGUGUCUAGAGAUUCAACCGCUUCAGUGUGGAAAACAAUAGACGGAAGCAAAGUUUGCGAUCUGAUAUGGGAUGGGUUACCUGCCGAGCAAGCCAGUGGGUACAGGGUCAGAUGUUGUAGGUUUGGCUUCAUAGAGAAUGACCCCAGUAAGUCCAGUAUGUACACAAUUCACGUCCCUCGAGUCCAAGGCAAGAAGAAAAGCUCCUAUCUUACACGAUGGAAUUCCCUCAAGUUCACCACGGAGAAGACAGUCUGUACAGGAACAGAUGCACUGUCAGCAAUAAACAUUAGUCAUAGUGGUAACUAUGUAGGCGUGGGAACAAUGGGAGGUUCUAUUGGAAUCUACAUCUCUUUCAGUUUAAAAAAACUCCGCCUAGUGAGGGAUGUUCAUGGGAUAUUCGUGACGGGUCUGUGUUUUAUUCCAAUGACCAAGACGACCAGAGAGCUACUUGGUGAUUUGGAAACGGCUGUCUUGAGUGUUUCAGCCGAUAAAAAAGUAUCAAUUGUUGCUAUCGAGCCCUCAAUGGAGUUUCCAGCUUGGCUGGUGUUCGUAGGUGCAUUCCUUCUCAUCGUGCUCAUCAUCACCGGACUAGGUGCUCUGGGUUUUAACCUUUGAACUCUGACCUCUUAAGGUUCCAGCAGAUUAUUGUUGAUGAUUCAGGUGACUUUCAAUUUCAAGAAUAAGACUACUUGGUACCUGAGACUUAGCUCCUUGGGACAAGGUGUCCCUUAGCCUCCUUUGGUAACGGUCCCCAUUCAAGUCUGUUUGGCGCUAGUUGCUCCGCCUCAGGAAGUGGAAUUUGGACAUCUUCCUGGACUUGAUCUUUCCAGCGCAAUGGUGGGCGUCCUUGUUGGUCUGGUGUGAUGAAAUGUUGAAGUAGAAUUGGUACCUCGUUAAUUAAUGUGCUGUUUGAAUACCAGCGCAAUGGUGGGCGCAAUGGUGGGCGUCCUUGUUGGUCUGGUGUGAUGAAAUAUUGAAGUAGAAUUGGUACCUCAUUAAAUAAUGUGCUGUUUGAAUACCACCUGAGUAACCCUAGGGUUUUUUCGUGCCGGCCUCGCAAAGCAGUGAGUGUUGGGCUCUUGUACCAUCGUCAUACAUAAACACUUGAUGAACAAAAUCUAUAAGUGUUUAGGCUAAAGGCGUUGAAGUACAUGUUUAAAUUUGAAUCUGUUUGUCAAGGUGUAACUUCAGAAUGUGACCUUCUUAACUGCCGUUUCUGUUACGCACUCAAGGGGUCACACAGCAGGCCAUUGCCCUCAAAAAGAACAUAAAUAUUUCCAGGAAUCCAGAAUUAGUAGUGUAUUGAUGAAAGUCGUGUUUUUAUGAUUUUUUUUUCUCUUCUGUUUAAAACAGAAAGUGUCUCUCAAUCAAUCCCGUGGCGACAACCAAUUCUUGUUGUUGUCUGGAUUUUCAGAACAGAAGUGUGUUAUGUGGGGAUUGGAUUGGUCAUGAUAAGAGUGUGCUGUUAACUAUUUCAUGUUUAUUUAUUGUAUUUGUUAUAAAUAGAACAACUUUAUAAGUUAAUAAGCACUAUUGCAUAGUUGGGCCAAGUAUAACAGUGCUGUUUAAAGGGGGAUGUGUGGUCAUGAUUAUAGCAGGCUUUUGGUUGCACAUAAAAUUAUGACCUGUCACAAAGAACAAUAUUAUUGAUUUACUCCUUUCCUAAAAACUAUGGCAUUUUAAGCAAAACUAUUUCAAGGAGGUUUCCCACCAUUAGGCCUAAUAUUUAUACCAUUUAAGUAAGGUCCAAAUCUGUGAACAUUUAUAUUUUCAUCUUAUAAAUGUUGUACACACCCUGUGAGUUCGAUUUCUUAUUUUCAUUUUUACUUGGGAAAAACUUUUCUGGAAUUUAUAUUUAAAGUCAAUAUCAUGUGUACAUGUAUGUCAGUCCAUGUACAGUAGGCCUACUCGAUAAAAUGUUCCUACUUUUUUCCCAAAUGACCAAACACCAUGCUAAAAACACAUACCAUUGUUGUGGCAAUUUCGUGUGCCCUUUACAAUUUUCUUCACCAAGCAAUUACGUGGUUGCCAACCUAAAGUCUACUCCAGUGAGUCUAUACUUAUUGAUUGGCGAGGCAAGGCCGCUAUUAAUAAUUACACAAAAUAUUCACGGUGAAGGAGAAAUAAUAUGCACUCUUUCUAAGAAGCGGACAUGUUUUCUUUCCCAUUUAAAAUCAAUCAAACUAAAGUGAGGCUCAGAGGAAAAAAUAGACUGGCACCUUUGUUCAUAUGAUGAGAAUCAACAUUUAAAAUCGAUGGGUGUAUUCAGGGAACCUGACAUCGAUAGUUGCAGCUUCUCAUUUCUCCACACUGAUGUAAUGUUUCAAAUGCUUGUGGUAGUUGCCCUUUUAUGCAUUUUUCAAAACCUUUUUGAAUCCCUGUAGACAUGCACAUCUGUCAAAUUCUCACGCCAAAUUAGCAGUACUAUGAAACAUGUAUGGGUUUAUUGAUUUAAAUGAGAACAAACGUCUUAAGCCAUGUAAAGAGACUUGCAAGUUUUUCAUUAGUACAGCUACAUCAUUGGUAAUUAAAAGGCCAUGGUAGAGGAGGAAUUCAUUAAUGAUGCAUUGAGCUAGGUUGUUUGUGAGAAUUUAUGUGCAGAACAUAUUUGUGGACUUACUUUACACAUUAUGAAGUAUUUAUGGGGUUGACUCAAAUGAGGACAGACAUUUUGAAUUGAAAAGGGAGACUUGCAACAUAAGAGUCUCGAAAUCAAGCAUCUGAAAGCACACAACUUCGUGUGACGGGUGUUUUUUCUUUGAUUAUUAUCUCACAAC